AUGACGGGGGCUGAAGGCCCAACCUACACAGUAGAUGAUGCUCUAGUGGCUUUGGGUUUUGGAAAUUUCCAAAUUCUCGUGCUUGUUUAUGCUGGUGUAGGUUGGGUUUCAGAAGCAAUGGAAAUGAUGCUACUCUCUUUUGUAGGCCCUGCAGUUCAAGCUGCAUGGAGUCUUUCCCCUCGUGAAGAGAGUUUGAUAACCAGUGUGGUUUUUGCUGGCAUGCUAAUCGGGGCAUACUCAUGGGGCAUUGUUUCAGAUAUACAUGGAAGGAGGAAAGGAUUCCUUAUCACAGCGACAGUUACAGCCAUAGCUGGUUUUCUUAGUGCAUUUGCUCCUAACUAUAUAUUAUUAAUUGCCCUUCGUUCUCUAGUCGGUGUUGGUUUGGGUGGUGGCCCUGUAUUGUCAUCUUGGUUUCUAGAGUUUGUUCCUGCUCCCAACCGAGGUACCUGGAUGGUUGCCUUUUCAGCAUUUUGGACUCUUGGUACAAUUUUUGAGGCCUCACUUGCAUGGAUUGUGAUGCCAAAACUGGGCUGGAGAUGGCUUCUUGCGCUGUCUUCUCUUCCCACCUCUUUCCUUCUUUUGUUCUACAAAGUGACUCCCGAAUCACCAAGAUACCUAUGCUUGAAAGGUAGAACAGCUGAUGCAAUUAAUGUUUUGGAAAAAAUAGCAAGAGUAAAUGGAAGAGAACUUCCUUCUGGUACCCUUGCUUCUGACCAUGAAAUUGAGCUAGAGAAAAUUGAUAACCCUUCAGAGGACGCACGCUUGCUCUCACCGAGAACAAAUGAAAUUGAACAUCCUAUAGGAAUGGCUUCCAAUUUAGGUGGUAUCUCAUCAUUGUUGGUGCUUCUCUCACCAAAAUUGGCAAGGUCAACCAUUCUAUUAUGGGCUGUGUUCUUUGGUAAUGCUUUUUCGUAUUAUGGCCUUGUUUUGUUGACAACUGAGUUGAACGGACAUAGUAAAUGCAUGUCAAAUAAAUUGCAGACAGAGAAGUCCCAGGGUGUUAGAUACCAGAGUGUUUUUAUUGCUAGUUUUGCAGAGGUACCUGGACUCCUCUUGGCAGCGGUUGCUGUAGAUAAACUCGGUCGUAAACUCUCAAUGUCAACCAUGUUCUUCAUUUGCUGUAUUUUCCUUCUCCCGUUAAUAUUCUAUCUGCCUGAAGGCCUAACAACGAGCCUUUUAUUUCUAGCUCGCAUUUGCAUCACAGCAACCUUCACAAUUGUGUACAUAUAUGCACCAGAGAUGUACCCAACAUCAGUUCGAACAACUGGUGUGGGAAUUGCAAGUUCGGUGGGCAGAAUUGGUGGAAUGAUAUGUCCUCUGGUUGCUGUGGGUUUAGUACAUGGAUGUCAUCAAACUGCAGCUGUCCUUCUGUUUGAGAUAAUAGCUCUUCUUUCAGGAAUUUGUGUCAUGUUCUUACCCAUUGAGACCAUGGGCCAAGAACUGCAAGACAGUGUGCAAGUCUAA